AAUGCAAACUGCAUUGGCAGCUUUGCACAUGCUCUGUCUGGCCCUGUGAAUCCUCACUCACCCAUUCAGGUUUCUGUUGGUUUAAAGCGACAUUACAGCUGCUGAAGCUCCGUGACCUGCUGUGUUUUCCCAGAUCCAAGAGACCUGGAUGCUUUUUGCCAUUCUGAUGGUAAAUGAUGAGACAGGCUACCAUGGAUUUCAGCACCCCUUCUGUGUUUGAUCAGCAAAGAGGUGACUCAUCUGAGGAAGUUGAUCUGACCAUGGUUUACCAGGCAGCCUCUAACGGAGAUGUCAAUGCUCUGACUGCAGUCAUUCGGGAAGACCCUUCUAUCCUAGAAUGCUGUGACAGCGAAGGAUGCACGCCCUUGAUGCAUGCAGUUUCUGGACGUCAAGUGGACACAGUGAAGCUGCUGUUGAAAAUGGGAGCCAAUAUUAACAUGCAGGAUGCUUACGGUCGCACGAGCUUAUGCCUGGCCACCUACCUGGGCUGGCUUGAAGGCUGUGUGAGUCUACUCAGAAAUGGUGCCAAGCACAAUAUCCCAGAUAAAAAUGGCCGCCUGCCACUGCAUGCUGCCACUGCUGAGCCCGAUGUGAGGCUCCUGACGGUCCUGUUGCAACAGUCGAACCUCAGCGAGAUUAAUCACCAGGACAAUGAGGGAAUGACACCACUCCACUGGGCGGCUUUCCACAACCAGCUUCAACACACCCAAAUGCUGCUGAAGAAGGGGGCAGACCCCACCCUUGUGGAUAAAGACUUUAAAACAGCUCUUCACUGGGCAGUUCAGAGUGGAAAUAGGAUUCUGUGCACCAUCAUCCUGAGCCAUCACCAGGGGCCAUCUAUAAUCAACUAUGACGAUGAGCGUGGGAAGACGUGUGUCCAUAUUGCAGCGGCAGCGGGCUUCAGCGAUAUUAUUAACGAGCUGGCAAGAGUCCCUGAGUGUAACCUGCAGGCUCUGGAUGUGGAUGACAGGACACCUUUGCACUGGGCUGCAGCUGCAGGGAAGGCCGAAUGUGUCCAGUCGCUGCUGGAGCUGGGAAUGGACAGCAACCUGCGGGACAUCAACGAGAGCACGCCCUUAGCCUAUGCCCUGUACUGCGGUCACACCGAGUGUGUCAAACUCCUCUCCCAAGAGAGCAGAACAGAGCCUACUCGACACCCUCCUUCCCAGAGCAGUUGGCCCCAGAAGAAGGAGGGACGGUUCAACGUGCUCAACCAAAUAUUCUGCAAAAACAAGAAAGAAGAGCAGAGAGCCCAUCAGAGGGAUCCCAGCAGGGACCGAUACAGACAGGAGGACACCUCGGAAGUCAAUGACAUCAUCACCACCUUUGAUAGCAUCAUGGGUACCAACUGCCAAGAACAGCCUGGUGAUCAGGUGGCUAUGGUUGAAUUUAAGAAGAAAACCUCAGAAAAUUCAAAAUAUCUCUUACCAGAAAAGAAACCGCUGGCCCGCAAGGGGCUUCCACCAAUCAGAACACAGAGUCUCCCACCCAUCACCCUGGGCAAUAACUUCCUAACGGCCUCCCAUGGGGCCACUUCCCAUGCAGGGCCGAGCUCUGGACCUCAUCAUACGGCCCAGCGAUCUCAGAAAAGUCGAAGUGAGCAGGAUUUAUUAAAUAACAGAACUGGCUGCCAGAUGUUACUAGAUAACCCCUGGAGGAAUGAUUCUAAACAGGUAUUUUCCUACAAAGUUUGGACUGUGUCUUCUUCUGAUAAGCUGCUGGACAGAUUGCUCAGUGUCCGGCCUGGUCACCAGGAGGCCUCCGUGCCAGCCCAUCUUCAUCAUCUACAUAAUCCGUCAUCAGGACAAAAUUUUCAGCGUCUUUCCCCAAACAGACAAAAAAUCAGGGACCUUCCUUUCACUCGGAACAACCUAGCUCCCCUACCAGAUCAAAAAUUUCUAUCUGGAGAACCUCUGCGGACAAACCGAGUGCUUCCUGCUAUUCCAAGUCAACGAAGACACAGCACCGCAGCAGAAGAGAGUGAACAUUCUACCAACCCCACCAAUGAUGAAAAUUAACUGUGGGCCGCUCGCUGCAGAAAUGUACAUGAAUAUAUAUUUUCAACUCUCAAAGGACAAGAUUACUCUAGUUUGUAAGAACAAAGACCAAUUUAGUAAGCUGCAUUCUAUAAGCCAUCAGUUUUAUAACUUGAAAUAAUUAUUUGUUUCGAAUAAAGAUACUUCCUAAAUAAGCACUUAGAAUCUUUGGGUGUGCAUAUAAGACUGUGAGUUUCUGUGACUUCGACAUGCCAAAAUUAAAAGACAAAAUAUGUUAUCAGUAGAGAAACAGCUAUGUUUGGUUUUAUUUGUGGCAUGUGUGCUGUUUUUUGUUACUGUUCUUUGCUUGUUUUUUUUUUUUUUUUUUUAAUGAUUUUGGGGAAAAAAUUGUAUACUUUGCUGAAUAAAAGCAAAAAAGAAAAAACAAAAACACAUCCCAGGCAUGUUCUUCACAUUUAUUGUCAUUCUACCUUGAACUAAUGAAACAUACUUAAAAAUAAAUUCCCACGAUCAGUCA